AUGUACGCCGUCGUGCUCAGCGCGAUCCAGAAGUUCUUCUGGAACGUCCUGAGCAGUAAGGACGCGGCGUCGUUCGGCCGCCUCGUCGCCAUGUACGGCGCGGCCGUGCUCGUCGGCCCCGUCGUCCUCGCGCUCUUCCAGUGGGCGAAGGAGAGGCUCGCGCUCAUGUGGCGCCGCGCGCUCACGGAGCACCUGUUGGCAGCGUACUUUGAGGAUCGCAGGUAUUACGCGCUCUCAGUCAACGCAAACGAGAUUGAUAACCCGGACCAGAGGAUUGCGGAGGAUGUGAGGAACUUCACUUCGAGGGCAGUGAGGUUUUUCACCAUCGCGGGUGUGGCCUUCUUCGAUGUUAUCGUCUUCGCCGUCAUUCUGUACCGCGUGUACGCCCCGUUGUUAUACAUCCUGCUGGCGUACUCUGCGGCGGGGACGGUCAUGAUCGCGUUUGCCGGCGCCCGUCUGCUGCCGCUAAACCGUGAGCAGGCGGUACGCGAGGCCAACUUCCGCUUCGGCCUGGUGCGCGUGCGUGAGGCCACAGAGAGUGUCGCCUUCUACGCGGGGGAGGAUGCGGAACGCUCGGAGCUGCAGCGUCGCUUCGCGUCUGCCUUCCGCAACAACCUGCGCCUGCUUGCGUUGCAGCGCAACGUCGGCUUCCUGUCCGCCUCCUUCCGCUACUGGGCCCAGCUGGUCCCCACCGUCGUCGUCGCCCCGCAGUACUUUGCAGGUUCCCUCCGCCUCGGCUCCAUCAGCCAGGUCUACUUCUCCUUCAACCACGUUCUCAACUCGCUAGGUCUGUUUGUCGCGGAGUUCAGCGCCCUGGCGGAGUUUGGAGCCGGCGUGCGUCGUCUCAAGGGCCUGGCGGACAGCCUGGCGGACCGCGGCGACCCGGGCCGCCGCAAGAUCCUCACCGAGCUGGACAAGAGCGACGAGGCGCAGUCGCUCCGUCUGACCCAUCUCACCGUGGAGACGCCGAGCGCCCCGCCGCGCGUGCUCGUCGACAACCUGAGCCUGCACGUGCCGGCCGGCGGGCGCCUGGUCGUGGUCGGCCGCUCCGGCAUCGGCAAGAGCUCGCUCAUGCGCGCCGUGUGCGGCCUGUGGGACUCCGGGUCCGGUGCCAUCGAGCGACCUUCCGCAAGCAACACGCUCUUCCUCCCGCAACGCCCGUUUCUUAUGCUCGGCUCCCUGCGCGAGAACGUCAUCUACCCGAGCACGCGCGGCGACGUCACGGACGCCGACGUCGAGGACGCCCUGCGCCGCGUCAACCUCGGCUAUCUCAUCCACCGCGACGCGGGCCUCGACGCGCCCGGCGAGACACUCACGAGACGCCUCAGCCUCGGCGAGCAGCAGCGCCUCGCGUUUGCACGCAUCGUCAUCUCGAGGCCGAAGCUCGUCGUGCUGGAUGAGUCGUCCUCCGCCUUGGACUUGGACAACGAGGCCGAUAUGUAUAGGCUCAUUGACGAGAUGGGCGCCACGUGCAUCAGCGUCGGGAAUAGGCCGACUUUGCUCGAGUUUCACGACCAGGUCCUUAGGAUUCAGGGCAAUGGCGAGUGGGAAGUUGAGACUCCCGAGAAGACGAGGGAGAGGCUCAACAAGUCCUUGCACAGUUGACCAGGUGUUUCCCGCACAGAACAGUUUUUUUUUGGGGGGGUGGUGUUCUACGUCCGUUACCUAAUGCUGAGAGUUUUUGCGCCCUGAAGUCGACACUGCUGCCGUCGGUACCUGCGUAUGUGUACAUACCGCGUAUGUGCAGAACAGAAUACGAUAGCUACCGUAGAUGGUCAACUGGUGUUGUCUUUAGCGCUGAUGAAAUGAGAUGGAACCCUUUUUGAAAUGCCACGGUGGCGGCAGGGUGGCUUCUGUGUAUUGUAGUCUUUUGAGAAUUUGCCAUUCCCACUCGUGCUCACGUAAACGCAUACUUUGCAAU